GACGAUGAUGCGGCGCGGCGGCCGAAGAUCACGAAGAAGCGUGUCGGUGCAUAGAGAAUUGGCCGCUGCGAACGCCGCCGCCGCUUCUGGAAGUUUGGCGACCUUGGUUGGCUGCCCCCUCUCCCUCGUGGCCGUUGAAAAGGCAGACGCGCGGCCGGCGGUGCGCCAGACGAGUGCCGGCUCCGUUGCGUGUUGUCGCAGUAUGGCUCGAGUUGUGUGGCUGUUGGUGGUCGUGUGUGCCUCCGCAUCGCUAGCCAUCGAGAGGGAGGGCGACUCGUCAGAGAGAGAAGGAAAUGAGCCCAGACGGGGCGGACGCUUUUUCAACGCCUUCUUUACGCCUUACCUGCAACCCAGGAUCGGGGCGGGACCAUCGGCGAGUGCGGAGAGCUCCGAGGACGCCGCCGUCAUCGUCGAGACUCGGCCCUGGAGGGACGACUUCGGUUUCCCCGUGCGACAGCCCUGGUGGAAAGGGCCAAAUGUGUGCAACUUCCGGCAGGAAGUAGACGACUCCAAGGAAGAAAACUCCUCGAUUCUGUUUAACUUCCAGUCCAAGCAGUGCCAGGACACCGAGGACUCCUUCGUCUGCACCACCAAGAUUCGAACCAUGAACACGAGCAAGACCAUAACGGACAAGUACGUGUGCUGCCACGGCUUCGCUCGGGGACGAGCUGGAUGCGUCCAAGUGAACCUCAAGGACCUAGUGACGACGAUGAAGGACCUUGGCGCCUCCAAGUUCGUCGACCUCGUUGAGGAGUCCAAGAUGACCGACGAGCUGAACAAGGGUAACGUCACCGUCUUCGUGCCCACCAACAUCGCCGUCAAGGACUUCGAACACACUAACGAGGUGUCCAGCCCCCACGAUGGCAGAGCCGCCGUUCGAGCUCACACCGUGGCUGGUCCGUUGCGCACUGGAGACAUGGUGGACGAGAUGGUUCUGCAGACCGUCGACGGCCGCUCCAGCAUUCGCAUCAAUGAGUUCUACAACCCGUCCAAGCUGAUGACCGCCAACUGCGUGCCCAUCGUGUCCGCCAACAACCCAGCGACCAGUGGCGUGGUGCACGUAGUGGACGAGACCCUUCCAUCGCCCAACCGCACCCUGUACGAGAUCGUGUCCGAAGACCCUCGCUUCAGCACGCUGCGCUCGCUCCUCUCCGUGGGCGACCUCGAGGAGACCCUGAAGGACCCCCAGGGACACUUGACCCUGUUGGCGCCCAGCGACGAGGCCUUCGCCAAGGUGCACAAAGACACGCUGGCCAAGUGGAAGAGUGGCGACGCCUGCAUCGCCAAGCUUCUUCGGGGCCACUUGCUGAGCCACGUGAUCUGCACCACCGCCGUGCCCGGGUCGGCGCGGGUGCGCAGCGUCAAUGGCGACGCGGUGACGCUGAGCCGUGAUGGCGACCGGCUGCUGGCCGAUGGCAGCCCCGUGUCAGUGCGCGACCUGAUGGCCACCAACGGGGUGCUGCACGUGCUCGACCACAUUCUCAUGUCACAGGAGAGCAAGCCGCUCAUGCAGACGCUGCGAGACGCCAAGAUGAACGACCUGGUGCACUUAAUCGAGACGGCCAACCUGACCGAGUCGUUCGAGGCGCUCGACAACUUCACCUUCUUCGCGCCGUCCGAGGAAGCUCUCAAGCAGGUGUCAUUGACCGAGUGGGAGGACCUGAAGAAGAGUGAGCGGCUGGCCGAGACCCUGCGCUACCACACCGUGCCGGGCCAGAUGCUCUCCCCUCGGAGCUUCUUUAACAACAUGCUGGUUGGCACCGCCCUGGGCGAGGAGCGCCCAAUCCGGCUUAAUAUUUUCCCGCGCCUCUUCUCCUUCGAGCGGCCCACCGUGACGGCGCAGUGCGCCCGCCUGCUCAGCGCUUCCAGCCCCGUCUGCGGAGGGGCCGUCUACGUCGUCGACAAGGUUAUGCGGCCGCCGGCCGGCAGCGUGCUGGAGCUGAUCGAGUCUGACCCGGAAGUAAGCACGUUCGCGCGGCUGGUCCGCGAGACCGGCAUGUCCGAGCAGCUUCGCUCCAACGCGGGUCCCUUCACGGUGCUGGCACCAACGGACAGCGCGUUUGCGCGGCUGCCUCGGGGAACACUGGACUCUCUGCAGCCGGAACAGGUUCAGGCUCUGGUCAAGCAGCACAUCCUGCCAGAGACUGCGUGCUCCAGUGGUGUGGGCCACAGCGGUUUCCUGAGUCGGCUGGAGUACCGCAACCUGGACGGCACUGCCGUGCCGACCCAGCGCAGCCUUCGCGGCAACGUCUACUUCGGAGGCGCUCGCGUAUCGCGUCCUGACCUCGCCGCCCGCAAUGGUCUCGUGCACCACGUGGAGCGCGUGCUGAGCAUGCGCACUGCCGACGAAGACACUGGCUUUAACUUCGGCUUCGACUUGCACCCUUUCUUCCGCUCGCUUUAAAACUGGGUUGUGUGCAUGGCUGUAGAAUGGCAGCCUCCCUCGCUAUUGUAGCGGAUUAUUUAUCUGCUGGUCUCAGUGUGAUCCUCCCACCGAGUGUAGAUUGUUUCUUUUGGUAUGAAUAAACGACAUUUUUUUGUUACUAUUCUG